AAGUCAGUAAAUAAAUAAAUGUAGUAGGUAUAGGUGUGUUUCCUCACCUCUAAAUCCCUUAUUUCCUCACUUCAAAUUCUCUAAGUCCUUUCUCUUCAAAGUCAAGCAUUUUUUAUUCACUUUUCAAAACACAUUGCUGGGUCAUCAGGGAUUUCUGUCACUUCUUUGCUGAAGGUGAAGUCCAGCACUGCAGCUUAUCUGCUGUGUCAUGCACUCUGCUGCCUGUGCUCUGCCACAACAUGCAGCAUCUAAUAAAGCAUCAGUGGGAACAGCUCCUGGAUCAGCUCUCCUUUAUGUGUCAAGAACAGAAAGCAAAGGCACGAGCUGCAUCUCCUAUAUACAGAAGAUUGCUUUUUGAAUUCUGUUUUCUACUCACUCCAGACAUAAACCAACACGAUAUAAUUCUUAUCUCUGUGCCAUAGGUGUCGCUUUAAAAUUUGUUGAUAUAACACAAUCCACAGUUUAACAGUCAGUCCUUGUCUGUUCAAGUACAGCCUGUCUUUACAGGGGCACAUCACCUUUUCAACAGAUAUCUGGAUUUCAGAUCAUAAAGCCCAGAUUUAAUAAACUUACAGGAAAUCUUAGUAAUGACAAAAUCAGUCCCUUUAAAGUAUACAAGAUGGACAAAAUGGUUUAAGCCAGUUUUUGGCUUGCAUUGUGGCUCUUGGGCUAUUAACAUUUGCUAACACAAAGAUUUCAGACACAAUGAACUUUUCCCUGCAGCACAGCUGAAGCCAUUCUACAAAUACCCUCUCACCCACUGGCUCAGCACCCUUCCUCUCCAGCAGAAAGGUCCUGGGAUGUAAUCCCACCCACAGGCUGCCCUAUAAAAGGCCUAGCUAGAAAACUACAUUUGUAUUUCUGACUGCUUCUUCCUCCUCUGUGGCAAUGCCUGUGGAUUUCAGCGGAACCUGGAACCUUGUCAGCAAUGACAACUUUGAAGGUUACAUGGUGGCCUUAGGUAUUGACUUUGCAACGCGCAAAAUAGCAAAAAUGCUGAAGCCUCAGAAAGUGAUCAAACAAGACGGUGAUUCAUUCUAUAUCCAUACCACUAGCUCAUUCAGAGAUUAUUUGCUUGAAUUCAAAGUUGGAGAAGAGUUUGAGGAAGAUAAUAAAGGCUUGGAUAACAGAAAAUGCAAGAGCCUCGUUACCUGGGAAAAUGACAAACUUGUCUGUGUCCAGACUGGUGAGAAGAAGAACAGGGGCUGGACUCACUGGCUCGAAGGGGAUGACCUCCACCUGGAGCUUCGUUGUGAGAAUCAAGUCUGCAGACAGGUCUUCAAGAGAGCUUGAGUGUGUGUGGUGUGCUGGGUCCUGCCUGCAGGGCCAGCUCUGCUCAGGAGCUGUGUCCAGGGAGGGCUCUAUGGACAAGAACUGGCUCCUGUACCUAUGAACCUGAAUGGUCUGAAGUUUCUGGCUCAGGAAAUAAGUCUGCUGUUGCCAGUGUUAAAGAUCUGAUUUUUGCUAAUAAAUGCCUCAAACCAAUCUU